AUGCGACGCCUCAGGGGAAAGAACAAGAAAAAUAAGGGCGGCAAGAAGAAUAAGGGGCCACAGGGAUCCUCAGAGGCAGAUCCACCCCCAGAAGCUGCCGCCAGUCAGGGGAAUGGAGCACCUACAGCUGACCAGAAGUUCCUGGCCGAACUGGCCGUGAUAUUGGCGGAGGAAGAGGAGGCAAAAAAGCAACAAACUUCCAACAGAUUGCAGCAAGAAUUGGGGGAACAGGAGGAAAGGUUAUCCGAAAUUACUCCUGAAGGUCAGCCACCAGCAGAAGAGAGUCAACAGACACAGCAUCCACCAGCUGCUGCUCUUCCCAAAGAUGGACUCCAAGGGGAACAAUUGGGUUAUGCACAACCACAAGAACGACAAUUGAUGGGAGUUGCCAAUACACCGCUUCUGGACAAACAACAAAAUCACGAUCCAAGUGGGAUGGCAGUUUCGAGUGAUAGCUUGAAGUCUUUGGAGCCUCUAAAAUCAUCAUCACCAUCAGAGAUUGGCACUGCCUCCAUGUACCGAAGCCAUCCAGUUAGCCCAGACAGAACUAUUCCUUUGGGUCCCAGUGAUGAAAUGGAUGAACCUGAGAGGGAACAUUGGUGGCAACCAGAUCAAGACAGAGGCGAAGUAGGAAAGGAUUGGUGGGCGAUGGAAGGUUCCAAUGCGCCAGCUGUGGUUAGCGCUAAUACUGAUCCAUCGCCAGACAACGCAACACCAGAAGAAGAGCGUGCGAAAAUGAAGAGAUCGUCUGCUUCUGACAAGGAAGGCGAUGGUGAUACUAGUGAACCGAUAAUUGGUAGUGAUGGGGAUAACGACAACAAACUUGAUGACACUACCAAGACGUCAAUACAACAGGAAGAUUCUGAUGCUUCGAUACCAAAAACGGAAGAGCCUACAUUGCCAGAGGCUGGAAGCAACGCUGAGGACAUUGAGAAUAAUGAGAACAAUUGUCAUCAGGAAGGGUCAACUGCAGCAAUUCAAGGGAGCGCUUCUCCGUCGAAUACUGCUGCUCCAUUAACGCCGCCAAUAGAACAGAGCAGCAUCCACAUAGAUGCUGCUCGCAGCACAACUGAUGACCAGGAGGCAAGUUCAACAAUGCAAGAGGGAGAUUAUAUGCCAAGUGCUGUUCCAAUAUCACCACCAAGGGAAGUGAACGAUGUCCUCCCAGAUGCUGGCGACGGCAUUGCUGAUGGUGAUGCAUCUCAUCAACAAGAGUCGGAUUCUGCGGUUCCAUUAAAGCCAUCGCCAGUGGAAGAGAAUCCCCUUCGAAGCGGCGACAGGAGUGAAACAAAUCACGCUGAUGUUGGCGAGACGAGCUGUCAGGAGGAACCGAAAACCCCGAUGACAGGAAAUGAUCUUGCUCCUACUGAAGGAACAGCAAUACGCCGGUUUGACUCUGCUGAAGAUGCAUCAACCGCAAGAAUAGAUGCCGAACAAGACUCUGAACUCAACACGGAGGAUGUCGAGAGCAAACCUAGUGACCAUUGUGAGACAAGUGAAAAGGAGGACAACAUUAUUACAUCAAUGCAAGAUGGCGGUUCUUCUUCUCCUUCUGCGCCAUCGGGGCCGCCUUUCGAAGAAAAGGCAAAGCCGGCUCAGUUCGAAGAAAGGCUGGAUCAACCGGAAGCCCCCACCAAUCCACAGCAGCCUUCGAAAGAGGAAGCCCCAAUAAGCAACCAAGAGGGAUACAGAGAAUCUGAAUCAGGCGGCGAUGGCAAAGUUCAAAAUGAUGUUGUCCCCGCUACUGACAAUCAACAGCAAUCGGCCGGUGGCAGUUCCCAUGCCAUGCCACUUGUCAGCUCGACUGAAAGUCAAACCAACCCCCCACUGCCUAUGGAAGUGAAUGAUGUUGGCGAUUCUGAACUUGGGAAUGGCGUCGGCGAUUACGUCGGGGCUACCGGUACAGUGGCAUCCACAAACCACACUGCAACAAUUGACGAUAAUCUGCGGCUGGACAAACAGGAUACGCCCCCGGAACGUCGUUUGUCGUUGGACACUGAGAGUGAUACGAAAGGCAACGUUAACAACUUUCCAUCAGAAGCCCAUGCACCAGUUAAGGCUGAUGUGCAAGACGAUCCGGAAGGUAACAGCAACGACGACAUUGCACUCGCAACAACAGAAACCUUUGAGACGGCCAACAGCGGGCUUGAAGAAAACUCUGAAGCUGGGUUGGGUUCGACAGAAGCAACAGGCCAACUCGACCGUGGCUUUGUUGACGCAGAAAUGGAGACGUGCGAAAACGGCCCUGAUACUCUGAGCAUGAAGGAGCAGAUUGUUCACACUUAUUCGACGGUAGUCGCGCCAUCGAGUCGUUCAUUUGAGAGCGCAAUGGGAGAAGAAAACGCCAAAACAACUAUGGCUGGAGAAAUUGACGAGCAAAAAAAUGACUCUGAAGAGGCUGCCCAGGAACAAAAGCCGAAAGAAACAAAUGAUCCAUCAUCAGAAGAUUUGUCGAAAGUCGCUUCCAUGCCAAUAGCAGAUUCGGUUACUUCUCAAGAAGGCUCUGCACCUGAGAACGCAAAACCAUUGCAUCGAGAAACAAAUCUGUCUGCGAAUCUGUCUGCAGUAGAUGAUCCCGUGUUGACUGCACGAGCUGUAGCCGAAGAAGCUCAUGACCCCCUACUAAAGAAUGCGCACGUAGUGAAUGAUCGCAAUGAUAUUCAAAGUGAGAGUAUGUCCGAUCUGCUCGAUGAUGUGACCUUGGUAACGCAGCUUGGAACAGUUGUGACAGGUGAUGCGCUUCUACACGGUCCGAGGGAGAAGGAUUCGACCACCGCAGAAUCAAUCGACGCGUACCCAGCUACUUGCAAGGCGCCUGACAAUCACCAUGAAGCUGAGGGCACAAACACAUCAGACCGUCACAGUGAAGUUCGAGAUGUGGAUUCCGAUUUUGUUUCCCCUCAGCCCGUACCGGCGUCGGCUGGUGGCAAGGAUUCGGUCAAAACUAGAGAAACGGACAGCUUGCAGUUGGAGUUAGCUCAAGUAUACGAACAGCUGAUGGUUGAUACGUCAGCAGAAGAAACCGGUAACGAUUCUGACAAAGGCAGCCCCGUCGGGGAACCUGACAGUCGUAAUGGAAUUGCUUUAGCGGCAUUGAAUGGUGCGCUCGCCGACCAGAGUCAGGGAGAGGCGAAGACGGAACAAAACCAUGAGGAACAAAUCACAGCAACAGAUGACAACGCUGCAGAAGGCGCCUCCUCCAAAGAUCACGGCGCGGACGGCACCGACUCCGCAGCGCAUGUGUUUGGACGCGAACCUUCGAUUUCAAGCAUCGAUGAUAGCGCUCCUCGAGACGAAGCUAAGGCUGCCUUAAGGAGGGAAAAUUCUGACGACUCAAGGCAACUGGAUGCGCAGCCAAACCUCAGCAGUGGCAAACCUUCAUCAGCGGGAAGGCGAAGAGUCUCUAUAAGUGACGUCUUUAAUGAAUUUGAGGAUAUCAAGUCCUCCUUCGCGCGCCUCAUGUCGGUCACUUCAUCCACUGCGGCGACUUUAUCUGGAGCAACGACACCUGCCUUGUCGUCAACAGCUGCUACAGUAUCGGAGGUGACGGCACCAGCGCUCGCAGAGGCCGGACACGUUGUAUCAUCCUCGGCGACGGCUGCCGGCGGAAUCAUUAGUUCCUGCCGGCGUGAACUUGUUCGCCGUAGAUCCGAAAGGAGGAGUAUCGUGGCGUUUCUCCAAGAUGAUUCUCUGAUGUCCCAAAGCGCCAGCAACUUGGGGUUCAAAGACGAACCAAUUGACGAGUUUCAAGACUCAACACUUCGGCCUGUUGCACUUGCUCUCUCACAGGAUGAAAUUGAUACCAGAAAGGUCCCUUCGAAGCUUGCGUUGUCGAGUCCGACAGAUCUCGAUCAAUACCGAAACGACGUUUCAAGCUUUCUAAAGGUCACUCCCCAUCGCGGCAAUCCACGAGAUAGCAGUACUUCAGGCGACGUUAAGUCGCUUCCUUCAGAACAGCUUCGAGAAAGGUUCGAUGCCAAGCAGGCAACGCGCUACGAGGAUCCGAUCCUGAAAGCCGCGACGGUUGGGGCUGAAAAUUGGAAGAACCAUUCUUCGCGGCAGAAGGCUCGAAAAGCUUCGGCAUCGGACCCAUUGGAAACUUCGUUAAGGAGAUUCGGAGAUUUGACAAAAGAAACGGCCUCAACAAUCGCAACGGCAACUCUGCCCGCUUUAGAGGAAGCUAAGGCCAUUGCAGACGAUGUGAGGGGUACGGUUGGACUUCGCGGACAAGAUGAAGAAGAGGAGGAGGAAGUUCUUCUCGUUUGCGAGGAUGUCGCUAAAGAUUCUCUUCAUGGUCGCGCAGGCAGUCGGAAAGUUUUCAGAGCUGGCGCAGUGGAGCAGCAGCCAAUGGCACGCAACAAGAGCUUGUUCGUGGUUUCUUCGACUUCGGAAAGGCAGGCUCAUCUUGAAUCGCAAGGCAAUCGAAGGCCAACAACCUCAGCGAGAGUUGACAAAGGAAUUGUCAAUGCUUCGAUCACCAAUGAUUUGUCCAGAAAGGCAUCUGGGCUGGCAACGACGACGGCCAAAGGAAGUGAUGGGAACACACCAAGAAGUGUCCUGGAAAAUCCAGCUCUCGUCUGGCAGUUGGCGACUGAAAAGCUUCAUGCCGUCAGGAUUGAUGGAGGGCAAUUAGACAAUGUUAGUGGGAAGGAGAGUGUAGUCGCCAACGAACUCGAGGACCACAGUGCGCGGUCUUCAAUAUCAACACCCGCGUCUCCGGCUGCUCUGUCCGGGUCUUCUUCUUCCUCGUCGUCUUCAUCGGAGGACGAUUCAGUGUCGACUACUGGCUCAACCGAAAAAGGUUUCUCUGAACUCCCCAAGGGUGUUACCUAUUGGGAUAUGGUGUCCACCAGAAAGGAAACAAACGUUGUUCAAUCUGCAACCGCUGAAACACCUACAUCGAUCAAUGUCCAGUCGGCUAACCGACAGCCCUCGAACAACAAGGGGCAGAUUUCGUUUGACGUCGUCUCACCCCUUCCAAUGGAUGCUCCUGGUACUCAAAUUUCAGGAGAAGAACAAUUUGGAAUAGAAGCUCAGAUUACCGGAUAUGAUGAUAGUGCAGAGGGCAUUGGCCUUCCUGCCAUGGAAACCCAUGUCGAGCACCCGGACGAAAAUGAGCGGAUUGACUUGAUGGGUGAUUCCACGCAUGGGGAGAGGUUAGAACAGGAGGAAACAGGGCAAGACAAGACUGAUGUGUCAGACGAAGGUGAUCCAUCAAUGUGGGAAAGUAUCAAUAAGGCCCAGGAACAACCCACAGCUUCGAUCCCCUUGUUGCCACUAAAACCGUUUGUAUCAAAGGAUUCUUCGGAUUUGUCCUUGCAAGCCUCAGGGGUGCUUCCGCUGCCGUCACAAUCAGAUGUUGCGCCGUCACCGUCAGACGAAGAACGACCAGCAGCGGCAAAAAAGCGCCAACGGCAAUCAGACGAAAACCAAUUUGAAGCGGUCAGGUCGGCGAAGAGCGUAGACCUGGAUCCCGAAGACGGAGACUCGAUAUCGCAGGCAGGAUUCAUGUCACUUCCGGGGAGUCAAUUCAGCGACAAUGCAAACGAGGUUAUUCACAAUGGGAGUAAGCGAGCAAGGGAAAUGAAUAGCCCACAGAAUUCGUUCAGUUGGACUCUGAACCCCCUCGCCAGUGUUGCAAACACUUCGUUUUCCGCUUCGAAGCGAGGUUCGCUCUACUCUUCCAGAAGGAGAAAGAAUCGACGCCGGGCUUCAGCAAUGAACCGAAAGGGGUCGAAGCGAUUGUUUCAUGAGGAUUCUGUUAGUCAACUUUCCUUCAUGCAUGAUAUGAGCAACAGCGACAUCUAUGGAACAAGCAUCAGGCAUUCACUCAGCGUCAAUGAUCUCCUUUCACUCACCGGAGAGACGAGACAGACAGGCCCGAGCAGUGCAUCUCAGUCUGAACUUCAUCCCGACAUUGACGAAUCAUCCGGGGUUGACGGGGUUUUGCCUGACCUAGCCUUGGUGGCUUGCACGACACUGGCAAAGUCGGAAAUAUUCAAGGAGAUCAAGACGACCGUCAAAUCAAAGCCUUUGCAAUAUCUUGCGACGGUGCGAUGGCGCCAGAUCGUCUCAAAGUGGAAACACCAUUCGCUCUUGAAGGCGAUACAGGAACGACCCACUUCGUCCCAUUUCAGGCGAAACAACGAUGACGACAGCGACGACGACGAGCCUUCCGAUUUCGAAGAAAGCACACUGUCAACGGGGUUUUCCAAGAAAACGUUAGGGUUGAUUGAAGCAUUGAGGAAAAGCCAUCACUAUGGUAGAAUCUUGCCGGAUACGAAGAAUUUGAACGGGCUCAUGCUCCAUCUUGCAGACGGUGAAAUGAACACGUUGGGUAGGUUUCUGGGGGUACUUGGAUCUUCGGCUGUUUUUGUCGUUGAACCAGGACAACGCGAUGCGAAGCUUGCCCACAUUUGGCAGAGAAAGCCCGGGGCUGCCGUCACGGCACAAUCAUUGCGACAUAUCGCAAGGAUGAACUUGAAAAUGUUCUCCGGUCUAGUGGCAGACACGGCGAAAUUUGCCGCAAAGAAUCAAACAUUAGACGACGAGGACUUGGAACCUGAACCGUCCUAUUCUGUUGGAAUCAAGGAGCUUGAUGCAAUCGAAAAGAAGGCUAAACGCAAGUACGGCGGAGACAUGCUUCAAGUAAAGGACAUCCUACGGGCCCAGAUCACGUUUGAAGAGGAAGGUUCGCUGGUUGCCAGCUUGCUGCACCUUUUCGCUGCAUGCAAGCAUGAUAGAGACAGCAGCAGCCCCUCUUUUGAUAUUGUUCGUGUGAAGAAUUUGUUCAACACAAACGCUUCAGGGGAACUCUUCCCCUCGAACCUUCCAACUGGCUACAGGCAUAUCCUAGUGAACGUUCGUGUGGAUGGCCAGUUCCUUGCAGAGAUUCAAUUGCAGCUGUUUGCAGUUUUCGAUGUCCUGGGAUACGAGGGGUAUACCCUCCACAGUGAGAUUUUGGAUGUGGACGACGCCUGCAGAGCCUCGUUUGAAUCGUCUUCGGAAGAGGCGAAGGCUAGUGCAAAACAGAAAGGGGUGUCCGCAGACUCUGCUGACAAGAAAGAACCGCGGCAAGAGGCACCAGCUGCGUCCGCAAAAACUUCCGCCAGACCCGUUGCAGACAUCAGCAAGGACGAAAACGACAACAACGACUCAUCACCUGGAAACAAAGCGGCGGAUCCAGCAAAAGGAAGCAACAAUCCUGCCAUCGACAGUACCAAGGGCGAGGAGGGCGGCGAAUCAAAUCGCCCUGCUUCUUCUGCUGAAGUCGACGUCAAAGCAGUGGAUCCUGCAGAUAAAAGCAAAGACGCAAACUCCAACAACACAGAGGAGAAAGAUGGGAACCCGGAACGUGAAACAGCAGCACUUGCGCCCAACAACAAUAGAGCCAAAUCUGACGAAGCAGCCUCAAAUCAGGAUCCAGCCAAUGCGGCCGAGGGCCCAAGCAAUACAAACGAUGCUGGCGAGUCCGAGAGGCAGUCUAGUGCGAAGGCCGGCGACAAGGACCCAACAGAUGAGGAUUCAAUUGUUCUCCUAGACAGCGAGAGCACAAUCCAGUAUUUGAAGGAUCUGCGAGUGACUGCCAGCAAGUACACAAGGACUCAGUGCAUUGAUGCUGUCAUGGCAUAUGCAAUCGAGGAAACUGAACGCGAGCCCCGUGAUGUUCCUACGCUCUUUUGCUUCCAUCUGCUGCUAAUGAUGGAAACUGGUCGACUUGCACGAGACAACGAAUUGUGGAAGCAGGUAUUUAUCGAUUCUGUCGAAUGGCCUUUGGGGGGGGAAGCCAAGUCAACAGCCCCGACACAGAAAGGCGAGACGAAGGUAGACCGAAAAGAGGAGGAUGAGCAAAGCAGCUCGGUCCAGCGUGUUCGAUUGAAGGCCAGUCUUUCAGUUUCCAAGGAUUGUUUGCUUCGGUGUCUUGCAGUAUCCAACCAAGGUACAGCUCACGGAAUGAUAGGAUGGCUAGAAUACGGAGCUAGCAAUUCCUUUGGAAGAAUUGCUAGCUCUCCAUUUUACGCUCUGAAAGAGCUGGCCUAUGCUUUUGCCUCUGCGGGAGACUGGUACUUUGCUAUGGAUGUGUUGCGUGCUCAAGUCACCAGGUGUGACCAGCACUUGCCGCUUUAUCACCCUCUGACGCUAACCAGCCUGAUUCAUUUGGCGGGUGCAGCCAGGAAGGCAAGGCAGCCGACCACAAGUCUCCAAGUAUUUGAAGAGGCAGCUGCCAGACUUGCCUUCUACCUGGCUGAACAGGAACAGUCGAUUUCCUCGGCAUUCCAAUCGCCCGAUGGUACAGGAACGGAGAGAGAGAACCAUGUGGAUGUAAUUCUGUGUGAGCCUGCCGACUCUGAUGCAGUGUCCAUGCUCGAGGCGUUUGUCAAGUCGUUUGAAGAGCAACUUUCGAGAAGCCAACUGCUGCAGCUCGUGGGUGUUGAUGGAGACAAGAAUGAGCCCAAUGACAUUUCGAAUUCCAGUCAUUUCUUUCAGGGCCAUGCAUAUUCAGUGUUGGCCAAUUGCGUUGCUGCAAGAGAAAAAGAGCUGGGGCUUGGAACCAAGAACAAAUCGAGAACCAGCUCUUCGUUUUGGAAGGCCGCUUUCAAGCAUUAUGAAGCAUGUUUCAAGGGUCUUCUUUCGAACAAGAGAAAGCUGAUCGAUGAAUCUGUAGUGACUGCAGCCCUUGGGAUGACCAGGUGCCUUCGCGAUUUGGGUCAGCGAGGCAAGGCGCUUCACAUCUUGUCCUCAAUAGUGUCUGCUUUUGGUCGUGAGGAUGUGAGCUCUUCUGGCUCGAACUAUGCAAGCGCUCCCACUGACGACAAUGACAACCAGGAGCAGCAGGCAAUAUCUACAGUAUCAUUUGCCAUGCCUGGGUCCAUUGACAGGGUCUUCCGCACGAAGAGAUCCGUUAAUUCUCUUGAACGAAGAAAAGAGUUGAUGGCUCUGUGCCUUUGGGCGAUGGCUCGUUAUUCAGUUGAGCAGCACAAGAGUGAACGAGGACGAAUGAGGGCGUUGAGCUUACUUCAUUCCGCCGCUGAAACGCUUCGACCAUUUGCGGUUGAAAGAACCACUGACAAGAAGGCCGCGUCAACAGCCAAGAGCAACAGCAGGACGCUCUUACUCCUAAUUGAGGAGGAAGCCAAAAAUAUGCUCGAGCCCAUUGCCGAUGCUGUCGAGGAAGCAGCCCCAAGACAGGUCCCAGCUUCCACCAAAUCCUCUCCGGAGGAUGAAGGUGUACUGGUGUAA